AUGAUGGGCGGCAGCAUCGGCAGCAGUCGCGAUGAUGUGCCCGAGGAGCAGCCGAGUUUGCCAAUCCGCCGACAGUCUGUUUUCCUGUCAACAAGAGGCGAGGUUGGCUCCUCAGGCAAGCUUGGCCUGUCAACAAGAGGCGAGGUUGGCUCCUCAGGCAAGUUUGCCAGGAGAAAACAGAAACAGCCCUUCGAGCUACAGAGCAUGUGGCUAACGGAGACCGAGUUCGACAAGGAUGUAUGGACACCUGGUGAUGCAGGGCAGCUGCUGAAGCUCUAUCGGGACACGCCACACAGGAUCGCGAGGCUUUGCGCGGUCCUAAGCCCACUCAACAGCGCGGACAGGCACCGAAUGCAAAACCACGUGGCAAUGGCUAUAGGCUGGGCACCUCCCACUGCUGCGCCGAUCCACUUCGUAGCCUUAGCAAAUUAA